GCUUUUCAGAUCCCUGGUGGCUUGAGAACAGCAUGGCAUUAAACCACACUGCCCUGCCCCAGGAUGAGCACCUGCCACACUACCUUCGGGAUGAGGAUCCCUUUGCUUCCAAACUUUCCUGGGAAGCGGAUUUAGUGGCUGGCUUUUACCUGACAAUAAUUGGGAUUCUGUCCACAUUUGGAAAUGGGUAUGUCCUUUAUAUGUCUUCUAGACGAAAGAAGAAGCUGAGACCUGCUGAAAUAAUGACCAUCAACCUAGCCGUCUGUGACCUGGGGAUUUCAGUUGUAGGCAAGCCAUUCACCAUCAUCUCUUGCUUCUGUCACCGCUGGGUGUUCGGCUGGAUUGGCUGCCGUUGGUAUGGAUGGGCUGGAUUUUUCUUUGGCUGUGGGAGCCUCAUUACCAUGACAGCUGUUAGCCUGGAUCGUUACCUGAAAAUCUGCUACUUAUCUUAUGGGGUUUGGCUGAAGAGAAAGCACGCCUUCAUCUGCCUGGCAGUCAUCUGGGCCUAUGCUUCCUUCUGGACCACCAUGCCCCUGGUGGGCCUGGGGGACUACGCACCUGAGCCCUUCGGAACCUCGUGCACCCUGGACUGGUGGCUGGCGCAGGCCUCAGUUGGGGGCCAGGUUUUCAUCCUGAACAUCCUCUUCUUCUGCCUGUUGCUCCCUACCGCUGUGAUCGUGUUCUCCUAUGUGAAGAUCAUUGCCAAGGUUAAGUCCUCUUCCAAGGAGGUGGCUCAUUUUGACAGUCGGAUCCACAGCAGCCACGUUCUGGAAAUGAAGCUCACCAAGGUGGCGAUGUUGAUUUGUGCUGGUUUCCUGAUUGCCUGGAUCCCUUAUGCAGUGGUCUCUGUGUGGUCAGCAUUUGGAAGGCCAGACUCCAUUCCCAUCCAGCUCUCUGUGGUGCCAACCCUCCUUGCAAAAUCUGCAGCGAUGUACAAUCCGAUCAUCUACCAGGUCAUUGAUUACAAAUUUGCUUGUUGCCAGACUGGUGGUUUGAAAGCAACGAAGAAGAAGUCUUUGGAAGACUUCAGGCUGCACACGGUAACCACAGUCAGGAAGUCUUCUGCUGUGCUGGAAAUCCAUCAAGAGGUAUGAAGAUGGACACAGCAUCACUCAUGGACACAUUUAUUCAGUUAUUCACCUCUUCACUGCUGUUAACAUCUGAUUGCAGCCACAGUUUUCUCUUUAUAUUAUAUUUUUAUAUUUUUUACACUUUUUUUUUCUGUUUUUCCUUUAGCCAGGGUUUGCUGGAAAAUUCUAGUGGCCAAAUGGAAACUAGAUUAGAGGAUACUACUUGAAGGAAUAGUAUUAGAGUGAGCAUCCCUGGAACUUUCUUUUUAAUUGUGCUUUAAAACCUAUUGUCAUGCCAAAUAGUAAUAAGUCUGAGAUAUUAAGAAAAAUGUUGAAUAUUUUAUUUUUUGGGUGUUAUUUAAUUUUACUGCAUCAUCAUUAUUAUCAUUUCUUGAUGUAGAGUCAGCAAUGCAGUUUCUGGGGUUCUUUUUGGUGGGUAAACAUCAGGAUUGUGUGUUGGGCCAUGGCUCUUGGACUGGUAGAUGCUUCUGGUUCUCACAGCUAUUCUCUAUUCAUGCUGACAGGGAGUCAUUCUCCAAUAGCAACGAUUCUGCAAAGAAGUCCUAUAGGGAAAUGAGUUUUGUCUGAAAUCACUAAAUGGAAAACUCUCUUUAUCUCUGAAUUUGAGGACAAAAAUAAUUCCCACUGAUGUUAAUUUUACACAGGUGGGUUUUUCUUAUUAGGGUCUAGUUACUGAUAUAGUGGAUCUAGCAUGGUACUACUAGCUGUAGUUGUUUAAGAAAUGAAUUUAGUGAAAAUAGUUAUGUGUAAUUGUUAUUUCUUGUUUGUUCUUUGUGACCUUUGUUCUUUCUUUGUUCAUUUUCUCUUCAUUGAAUACCUUUAGAAAUCCAUAAAGAGAUACAAUUUUGAAUGAGAAGGAAAUAUUUGAAGGGCAGACCUUUGUCCCUUAACAGCUAAUGAAAGUGGCAGGCUUGUAAAUACUAGGUUCAAAUAGUAUUAGUAAAAUCAAUGUCAAUCUGAUCAUCUCUUCUGAUCUGAGGAGCAUGACCAUCUGCAUUGCUAUUAAAGAAUAGCUGGCAGGUAUCCUCCACACUUCCUUCAUUCCAUCUACCUCCACCUUCUGCUAUGAACUAAGUCUUGCUCGUGGAUUCUCCUUCUACCUUCUGGUAACUGCUAGUGAGAAAAUAGAAAAGGGGAAGAAAGCAACCACUUGUGCUGUUGAUGAUCUCUCCAUCCUUCCAUUUGAAGGUUUAGAGAGAAUCGGACACACCUCCAAGGCUCAGCCCUCUAUGUAUGGUACCACCUUUAGUUCAUUUUGAGUUUUCUUGAGAGUUUCUAUUUUCUCACUAGAAGUUACCAGUUAAAGGUUGAGGAAGGGAUUGAUAUUGUCAUUGGUUUAAGAUAAGUGUCAAAUAGAUGCUACAAAACAUGCUCUGUGAAUAAAGCAAAAAGUUAACUCUGAGUGGGGCUUGGGAUUGUUUAACAAAGUCUGAGAAAAGAAACAAAAUUGUUUUUAGAAGACAGAGGCAAGGGACUUUAAGGCAGAUGUGUCAAUUAUAGAGGCAUGAAGGGGUGUGGAGCGGGGCACAGCUGUAAAGUACAGAGUCAGGCUGCCUGGAUUUGCACCCUAGUGUGCCCUUUGGCAAGCUUGUAAAAUAAGAAUGUGAAGUAUCACAGGGUUAUUGUGAGUCUUAGGUGAGAUAAAAGGCACUUAGCACCAUGCUUGUGACAGCAAGAACACCACCUGCAUAUUGAUGAUUGCUGUUGUUAACUUUCAGGUAGGUGUAACAGUUCAGAAGUAGGGCCAGCUAUGAUAAGAAGGAUCAGUGUGGUGGUAUUAAGGAGGGUGAUCCUCUGGGACAGAUGAAAGAUCAAGAUUAGGUGUUAUCAGACCAGUUAGGCAGCUCUUUAAAGAAAUGGCAAUAUAUGAAGACCUGACUUAAGGAAUGACAAUGGAUAUGGAGUUGAAAAUAUAGCUGUAAAAUAUUGUAAGAAGUAGUUCUUGGCAAUUGAUGACACAGAGUUAGAAGAGUCAAGGCUGAUUUGGGGGUGUCUGCUCAGGGAAUAGUGUGGAAAAUGGUGUUGGCAGAGGAGAAAGGUUCAAGAGAGGGCAGAGAGAGAAUUAAUUAUAUUUUGUUUUUUAUUUUUUUAUUAUCAGUUGUUCAAAACAUUACAAAGCUUUUGACAUAUCAUAUUUCAUACAUUUGAUUCACGUGGAUUAUGAGCUCCCAUUUUUACCCCGUAUACAAAUUGCAGAGAGAAUUAAUCAUAUUUUGGAUGGGUUGAAUACAAGGUAUUUGCAACAUAGGUGAAGCUAUUCAAAAUAGGUAGCUGAAAAUAAUCUGAGGCCACACACAAUGAUAUGAAGAUUAUAGAGUGAAGGGGUCAGGCAGAAAAAGACAAGUUAAAAGAAAUAAUUGCCAGUGUCAAUAGACUUGAAGGAAGAAAAAGAGGUUUUUUUAAUUUUUAUUUUUUAUUCCUUUUUCUCUUUAUUUUCUUGAGGGAGAUAAUUGUGGAAGGGAAUGAUGAAGAGAUUCGAGGUAAAAAGAAAAACCAUUCAGGUUAGUGUAGAUUUGUCUACAACGUAAAAUUUAACAUUGGUAUUAUAGUUCUUUAUAAUGAAGAUAGAAAGUACAUUUUCAUUUUUUAACCGUUAAACUGAAAUGUGGCCUUAAAAGAAAACCUGGGCUGGGGAUAUAGCUCAGUUGGUAGAGUGCUUGCCUCACAUGUACAAGACCCUGGGCCAGCAUCACCACUGGAAACAAACAAACAAACAAACAAACAACAACAACAAAAAAAACCUGUGCAGAAGUAGCAUAGUGGGGAGGGAAGAGAGAGUUUAAAUUCUCUGGGGAAGAGAUCCUAGAAUUAAUUCCUGCUACCAAUUUAAAAUAUAUGAUUUUUAAAUCCACCAAUCUACUUUUUUUUUUUUAAAUGAUACCCUAAGAACUAGGAGACACAGAAUUGUUAUCACUAUUGAUACAGAAAGAGAAAUUUGAUCCUUGGAGUAGAAGGGAGAAAGAAAGGAAUGAGGAAGUCAUCAAAGGUUGGCUGCAUAUACCUGACUGUGAGUGAAUAAUUUCCCGAGUUGAGGUGCUUCCCAGGGAUAUCUGAUGAUUUGAGGAAACUCUGUUACCAAACACUUCUGUAAUUUUCAAUUUAAGUUAGCUUUAGAUUUUAAAAAAUAAGAGGAGGAAGAAGAAGACAUUGCAUUUUGUGUGCUGGUCGUGGUGUUUGAGAGAGACCACAGAAUCUUUUGAGCAGGCAAAGUGCACCACCUCUGGGCUCUCAUAAGUGCCUAGGUGCCUGACAUGUGAAGGGAAUUUGGAAAUUAAGUGGUUGGAAUCAAACAAGCAACUGUCAGGGGAGAUUUGGAAACAUGGGAUGAACUAUUGAAUUGAUAAUCUAAAAUCCUCAAUCCCUGGUUUUUCAUUUUAAACUCCCUUGUUUCUACGCACCUCUAUUUAAACAUGGCCUGUCCGAUUAAUACAGGAAUGGAUAAAUGAAUUUAUAAAAUGGGUAUGAAGACUAGAGAUGCCUUAUUCACUUGGAAAGUUGGAUUUUAAGAAUCAUAAUAAAACCUAAAUAUAUUUUGAUAUUUUUUCCAAGUAGGGUGAGGCAAGAAGAAUAAAUAUAUUUCACAGUAAAAUCCAAUUAUUUGAUUCUUAAAGUGUAGUUUUCUCAAGAGUUACACAUGCUGAUUAAUUACAACUGAAAUGGUAGCUGAAAAUUUUGUCUCCUUUAAUUUUCCCUUGAAAAACAUACCACUGUCUUUGAUGGUCUUUAGCGAUAGGAACCACAGACCCCCUGAAUGUGGCUAUAUCUUCAUUAAGCUAGUGUAGAUGAGGAAGAAAGGACAAAGGAGAGGAGAGCAAGACAGGAACAGAGCCAGAGAGUGCUGAUGAGCGGGGUGUUGAGGGGACCCAUGACACCCGUGUAAGGAAAUGUCUUCAAGGUUGCCAGAGCCUCAGUGCCCGUUUUAUAGAGAGCGAAGAUAUAUGUCAUUACAGAAAAGAGGUUAGUGAAGACAGCAUCAGCCGUUGGUUCAGUAAUUAAUUUUGUUGGGAAGGAGCCAGGCCUCAUUGUCCAAAGGACAAAGUGAUAACCAUUAUCUAUUCCUCUUUUUACUUUUGAUUAAUGUGCAUUAAUUGUACAUAUUAAUGACAUUCAGUGAAAUGUAUCAAUAUGUGUCUGCCGUGUGUACUGAUCAAACCCCGACUCCUUUUAUCCACUCUCUCUCUCCCCUUCCCCAAUCUCUAGUUAUCACUGUUCUAUAUUCAGGUUGACUUUGUUUUUUUUUUUUUUUUAAACUUUCACACAGGAGAGGGAAUCGGUAAUACUUGUCUUUCUGUACCUGGCUUAUUUAAUUUAAUGUAAUGUCUUCCAGUUCCAUCCAUUUUGCUGUAAUUGACAAAAGAACAUUCUUCUUUAUGAUUAAGCAAUAUUCCAUUGUGCAUAUAGAUCACAUUCUUUUUGUCCACUCAUCCAUUGAUGAGCACCUGGGUUGCUUCCAUAUUUGGCUAUUGUUAAUAGUAUGUAUUCCUCUCGUGAAAAGGUGGCAAAAGGCAAGAAUUAUAAGAGAUAUAGGAAACUUGGUAAGAGAACACAAUCAAAAGCAUGCCUUUUUUUUUUUUUAAUACAACAUAGCCUAAAGUCUCAAGCCUUUAGUAUAUGGCAUAGAAAAACCCUUGGUGUCACUGCUGUGAUCUUGGGUUAUUUAUUUUUUUUUUAAAUAUACAACUUUCAACAUAUAUGUUCAGCUGGCAUGGGACUGUGUGGAAUGUAUUUUGAAUUUAAUAUAGGAAAUAAACAUUGACAUUUAAAGCACUUUUCUCAAUUAUUUUGAAUAUCUCCCUUAGCCAUGCCAAAUGUGCCCUUGCAUUACCACAGGCCCUGGAGAACAUAAAACAUAAAUGAGAGGAAAAAAAGCAUUCUAAAUUGUACAUGUGCUUUACUGGUUUUAUUUUUGUUUUAAACAUUGGCCAAAAUCUACAUAGCAAACACUGCAUGCAUUCAUUGUACUUUAUAUUUAGGAACUUUUAUUAACUGCUGGCAGUAUACAGCAUCCUGAAUAUUUUGGGAGAUGCAAAAGAAGGUAAAAAUGUGUU